AUGGCACGGAUUUCAGAUCUCAUUCGAGAUUCUAAGCUAGAAACGUAUUUCCUCCCAGACUCUGGUGUAGAGACAGUUCACAAGUUCCAGGAGUCAGAUCCGACUUCUGGACUGCGCCUUGUGACUAGGUCGGAGCAUUGGCAGCGGCAAAAAAGGAUCGGAGGUGGUGGAUUUGGUAGCGUGUGGCUGGAGAAAUGCACUAAAGGUGGACGACCAGGGAGCACAGCUCAAGAUGGUGCAGUCCGAGCAGUCAAGCAGAUUGACACGGAUACGCGACUCGGGUCGAUCGAUUUCAAUCGUGAGUUAGAGGCGAUUGCUAAGUUCUCCCACCCUCGCUAUGAACGAUGCUUUGUGAAGUCAUUCGGAUGGUAUGAAGGACCCAGUCAGCUAUUUAUAGCAAUGGAAUACCUCGAAGUUGGCGACCUUUUUGUGUACUUAUAUAAGAGACCUCCACUGCCAGAGGCCGAGGCGAAAGAAAUUGCAUACCAGAUUCUCGAUGGUCUGACUAUGAUGCAUGAAAAUGGGUUUGCUCACCGAGAUCUGAAACCAAAUAAUAUCCUUAUCAAAUCACACCCUCCAGAUAAAUGGUGGAUCAAGCUCGCCGACUUUGGUAUCACCAAACGCAUUGAAGAAAGUCAUGGGAAAUCCACGACGGUAAAGGGUACCCCAAGAUAUUUUGCCCCUGAAAUUUGGGGGUUUAUUGAGCGAGGCAGUGCGUAUGCUGCUGAUAUCUGGGCUCUUGGAGAAAUCGUAUUUGAAAUCUUCACCAGGAAACCUGCGUUUGCGACUCCUGGGUCGCUUGCAAGUUACAAAGCCCAGCAGGACUUCCCAGUCACUAUGCUUACCGAUGCUGGUAUCAGUCAACCAGGUGUUGACUUUGUGCUUUCACUUAUGUGCCCGAAUCCUAAUGAUCGAAUGACGGCUACCUCUGCUAUGUCAAGCGCGUGGAUACAGUCACUCAUACUUCAACCGCCCGAGACCAAGGAAGUUACUGAAAGCAAUCCACUAAUUCCCUCUCCGGUUACAAUAAUGACUGAAGAGUUUGCAUCAUGGACUACAAAGCUUUCUUCAGAAGUACUGGAGGAUGCCUUGCAUGGCAUGUCUAGUUCAACUACCAUAGUGGAUACGGGUAACGCUGCCCAAGGGAAGACAGUUAAGCCACAGAAAGAGAAGGUACAUUCUUCUCUACAGACUGCAGUACCAGCCGUUAUGCAAGUUCAGGGUCAAGCCAAGACCCUUGAGCUUCGCCGUACAGAACUCGAAAGCCAGCAUCAGACUGGUGUCUCGCUCUACCGCCAGAAACAGUAUAAAGAGGCAGAAGCGACUCUACGACAAGCUCUGCAGGGGCGAGAGAAGGUGCUAGGCAAUGAGCAUCAAGAAACACUUCGUUCCGCACACUGGCUUGGUCUCUCGCUUUACCGCCAGAAACAGUACAAAAAGGCAGAACCCAUGUCCCGACGAGCUCUUGAGGGACGAGAGAAGGUGCUAGGUCAUAAUCAUGAAGAAACGCUCAGAACGGCACACUGGCUUGGACAUUCGCUCUAUCAUCAGGGUCAGUACAAAGAGGCUGAAAAAAUAUUCCGACAAACUCUCCAGGGGCGAGAGAAGGUGCUAGGUCAAGAUUCUACAGAUACACUCUACUCCACACACUAUCUUGGUCUCUCGCUUUAUCGCCAGAAACGGUACAAUGAGGCAGAGGAUAUGUUCCGACGAGCUCUUCAUGGGCGAGAGAAAACGCUAGGCUAUGAUCACGAAGAAACAAUCAAUACUAGAAAGUACAUGGAUGCGGCCCGUAUGCGAGCCCCUCGUCGAGACCCUCGUCUCUCCAAUGUCAAUCUCGGUGGUCGUAGUACUUAG